AUGGAUCGAGACGACGCCAACUCUGUCCCAUUACUGCAAAUGAAGCCUGACAACAACGUGGAUGUGAGGAAUUGUAUGGAAAUGACUGGUGAUGUUGGGCUCACUUUUGGGCAUGCAGAAAUGCCUCGUGAAGACAGUAUAGAGAAGAAGUAUGAAUACCAGUCCAAAGAAAUGAAAGAUUUCUUUGCGUUGGAGUGGGACAAACAUUGUUAUUUCUCAGACGGUAAACGGCAGAUUGACUACGUACUUGCCUAUGAGGAGGACUCUGCUAAUGGUUCUGCAAGUAGCGAUGCGCCGUCUCCUGCUGAAAUUGACCCAGACGAAGAUGACGAUGACAGAGAUAGUCUGCAGUCACCGAGAAGCGCAUUAGAGAAGAAGCGAAUCAGAAGGUUCAAUUACGAGUUGAAUCUUCAACGAAUGGGUUUGCAAAUCGAACGUGUCAGUAUUUCACCUACGCUCGGCCGCACGCGAUUUGUUCUACUUCAUGCGCCAUUUGCUGUUCUAGAAAAGCAAGCACAACUCCUUUCUGUGAAGCUUCCGGUGCAACAGAGCGAUGUAGUUUUCCAGCUCGGCCGCACGCGAUUUGUUCUACUUCAUGCGCCAUUUGCUGUUCUAGAAAAGCAAGCACAACUCCUUUCUGUGAAGCUUCCGGUGCAACAGAGCGAUGUAGUUUUCCAGGACAGGACUUCUCUCCCUGGAUUUGUGGACAGCAUUCUUUCUCGGGUGGGCUUAUUUGAUUUCGAUGCACGUGUGCGAAAGGUUUUGGAAGAGCCAGAUUUUUUCACUGCGCCUUACUCGAGCGAUCGUCGGCAACAGUUUGUGAACUGGGAUCGGCCAGACAUUUUGUUUCCGAAUGCGGAAAGAUCGCGAAUGGUCUUCGAUUUACUUACUCGAGCUCAUUACGAUAGUGCCGUAACAAGCAAAGGGAAACGCACGUCCCAGUACCGUUUCGGCAUCGAACGUUUGUUGGCACAGGGAGUGUACAACGCCGCUUACCCUCUCCAUCAGGUGCGGUUCUCUGAAAAGUACAGGCGUGGGAUUGACUUUGUCGUCAAUCCUACAAUAAGAGAAGAAGUGCCAAGAGGAGGAGAAGUAUCUCAGCGAGAACUUCUAUACAAUCACUGGGUGUCAUGGAGGAACAUUUUGAAAUACCAGCCUCUAGACUGCAUAAAGCGAUAUUUUGGCACAAAAAUAGCCUUCUACUUCGCAUGGUUAGGAUAUUAUACAAGAUCGUUAUACUUAGCAGCUUUUAUGGGUGUUAUAUCCGUAUUGUUUGGCAUCUGGAACUUGUCUGAAGAUGUGGUGAGCAACGACAUUUGCGGAAAUGACGGCGUUGGAGCAACUACCAUCGUAUGUCCUCAAUGUGAGAAUUAUUGCGACUUUCAACUUCUUAAAAACAGUUGUCUCUAUGCGAAGAUGUCGUAUCUUUUUGAUAAUGGCAUUACUGUCAUAUUUGCUGCUCUAAUGUGCGUUUGGGCGACGUUCUUCCUUGAGGGAUGGAAAAGGUACCAUGCGGAAAUCGCCUGGAAAUGGGGGCUGCUCGAUUUUGUCGUUGAAGAGGAUACGGUGCGCCCCGAGUUCCAGUUUCGUGUGAAGACCAGAAGAUAUAAUCCAGUAACACAGCAAGAAGAGCCGUAUUUAUCUGGAAAGAAAAAGAUAGCUAACUUUUUGGGUCAGACCACAGUUUCUUCUUCUGUUUGUUCUGCAUGGUCCGUCUAUCGAAGUGAUCUAUCCACCUCUUGGGCCAGCGUGAGAACAUGUUUAUAUAUUUUCAAACUCGACAACAUUACCUUGCCACUCUGCAUUAGUUCGGUCAUUCAAAUGGAAAUCCCACCGUUGAUCGUAUGCCUUCCUCAUAGUGUCCCACAAACGGCUCCUCCCUUAACGUCGAUAAUUUGUGCAUGA